AUGUCGAACCUCGAUCCCGACAAGUUCGAGUUCAUCCAAACUCCGCCUGCGGCAUGUACCACCCCGGCGGAGGACUGCGGUGUGCGGACGACCAAUUACCCUACGAUCAAAAAUGGCCCUGUACCAGCCGACUCCGGCGGCAACGACAGCUUCCCGCUGGCCCCCAUGAUUUUUGCCCUCGUCGCCGUCCCAGGCUACUUCUCAUACUCCCUGGGAGGCGGUAUCUGGACGAUGCUCUUCCUCGCCGUCUUUACAACAAUUCCCAUCCUGAUGGGCUUCUGGACCGUCGCCUCCGCCAUGGCACCGCGUAAAAACACCAAAGCGAGAUACGCAGGCCGCCCAGUAGAGCACUACCUACGCUUCCACAGCGAAGUCGACAGGGCCCGGUACCACGGCCGCAACCGCAUUCCCAUGGAAACCUUUUACGAGAAGUACUUCGACGGCGAGGUCGACUUCAUCGGAGACGCGCUCGAGUGUCUCGAGUUUAGACACGACUGGGCUAAUUUCCGCUUCACGAUGGGGCUGUACAAGCAAUUUCUGUUUCGGUUCCUGCCUGCACUUAUCUUCCACACGCGUGCCCAAGAUAAAAGCCAAACGCGAGACAACUACGACCGCGGCAACGAUUUCUACGGCUGGUUCCUCGGCCCGAGCAUGAUCUACACAUCAGGAAUCAUCAGCGACCCAAACCGCGAAGAGACCCUCGAAGAGCUCCAAAGCAACAAGCUUGCCGUCGUCUGCGAGAAGAUCGGCCUCCAACCAGGCGACACACUCCUUGACAUCGGCUGCGGGUGGGGCUCACUCGCCAAGUACGCAUCGCAGCACUACGGCGCACACGUCACUGGCGUGACUCUCGCGCAGAACCAAACCGCCUGGGGCAACACAGCACUGGAGCGCGUCGGCGCAUCACAGAGCAAAAUCCUGUGUCUCGACUACCGCGAUGCACCGAAGGUGACCGGCGGGUACAAGAAGAUCACGUGCCUCGAAAUGUCAGAGCAUGUCGGGGUGCGGCAGUUCCGCGCCUGGUUGCGGUAUGUGUAUGAUAUGCUGGAUGACGACGGGGUAUUCUAUAUGCAGUAUUCAGGUCUGCGGAGGUGCUGGCAGUAUGAGGAUCUCGUGUGGGGUCUCUUCAUGAAUAAGUAUGUCUUUCCGGGCGCGGAUGCCAGCACGCCGCUAGCGUGGGCUGUUGAUCAGUUGGAGGCUGCUGGGUUUGAGGUCAAGGCUGUGGAUACUGUUGGUGUGCACUAUUCGGCUACGAUUUGGAGGUGGUAUCGGAAUUGGCUAGGGAAUCGGGAUAAGGUGGAGGCUGCUUAUGGAAAGCGGUGGUUCAGAAUCUGGGAAUAUUUCCUCGCCUCCUCAACCAUCACAUCACGACAGGGCGGCGCCACAUGUUUCCAAAUCACUCUCGUGAAGAACAUCAACUCGACGCAUCGCGUGGAGGGCAUCGAGACGCAGUUCGGGGUUCAAGGGGCUCUGCGAUCAGCGCGCAACCGAACCGCUGGAGGGGAGGUACCCUCUGUUUUGGCUUCAAAGGCCUGA